AUGUGGACAGCUCGUUCGCGACAACCGAUGGCGAAUAUCGCCGCCAUUUCACGUUGCUUUCCCCGAUGUGGCCGAUCGGCCAUUCGUGGGCAGAGAAGAUAUGCUGGCAAUGGCCCAAGCACGAGGGGACAGGCUACUUCUUCAUCGCGUUGGUUUUGGAACUCAUUGGGUCUUGCUGGAACGGGUACAGCUGCGUUUCUCGCCUAUUCGUAUAUAACGAGCCAAGGAAGUCAAGUAGAGGGCCCAAUCGAACCCAAGAGCGAGACUCUUUCGAAGUUUUCCGGUGAUCUAGGUUCCGAGUUUGCCCAAAAGAAGAGGAGUGUGAUGAGUCCAGGAGUCUAUGUAUGGGGAACAAAUGCCUAUCGUGUUGUGGACCCGGACUCGAAGGAGACUGUGAUCAAAACGCCUCGAAGGAUCUCCUACUUCGACGACCAGGUGCUGAGGGAUUUGAAGAUAGGAGACAAGUCUGGCGCCGCAAUUACCGAGAAUGGCGACCUGGUUCAAUGGGGUCAAGGCUAUUCCGAAACCGACUUUCGGCCUACAAAGACUCUAACCGGGAAGAACUUGACCUCGCUGUGCAUGUCCAACGAUCGGAUCCUUGCUUUGUCCUCCGAUGGAAACGUUUACUCGCUGCCAAUUGCGAAGGACGACCAAGCGUCUGGACGGAAACCCAAAGAAAGUUCCUGGAUCCCCUUCUGGUCUGGGACCGCUGGUGUAAGCUAUCGGAGCCUCCAGCCGAGCCUGAAACUGGGUGAAAGGAUCACCACCAUUAGUGGUGGGCUGGAGCAUGCACUUCUCCUGACCAAUUAUGGUCGGGUCUUCUCGGUGGCUUCUUCCACCGAGAGCUACCCUUCUCACGGGCAACUUGGUGUGCCAGACUUGACAUGGGCCACGCGCCCUAAGGGGCCCGUGGACACCUGCCAUGAGGUCACGGCCCUCAAGGGGUCUAAAAUCACCCAGAUCGCUACGGGAGAUUACCAUUCACUAGCCCUCGCCAAAGACGGGAGCCUGUUUGCGUUUGGAGACAACUCCUUUGGGCAACUGGGAGUGCAGUUCGACCCUUCGUUGCCGUUUAGCAACACUCCUGUGCUGUUGUCUCUUGAAAAGUUGUAUCGGGGCAAGAUCUGGCUCCCUAAGGUGACGGGCAUUGCUGCUGGAGGAGCCAACAGCUUCUUCACGGUCGAUGCGAAGCGGAUCGUCGGCCCCGGAGAGAACCCAUCUGCGAUCCGCGACCUGGACCGGAUUACGGCUGACAUCUGGACCUGUGGACGAGGGAUCUGGGGUGCCCUGGGGAAUGGAAAGUGGUCCCAUCUGCAGGACGAGCCCACCAAGGUGAAAGGGUUGAGUGGUCUGUUUGAGUAUGACGAACAUGCGAAGACCCUCUCCCCUAUCCGGUUACACGAGAUCUCCGUUGGCACGACGCAUGUGUCGGCGGUGAUGGACAAUAAAACUCAUGUGCAGGCAUCACCCACGACAUCGUUGGACAGCCGCGACGAUUGGGGUUUUGAUGCGCUCUGGUGGGGAGGGAACGAACACUAUCAACUCGGUACGGGCAGGAGAAGUAACCUGUGCAAACCAACUUAUAUCAGUGCGCCCCUCGAGACUGGCGGAGACGACAAGAAGGAGGAAGAGGCACGACUCCAGAUCAUGCCUCGUCACAAGGGCAAAGUUGGCUCGCGUACCGUGAGCAUGGAGCAGCAUGUGGAGUGUGGACGACAUAUCUCUGCUAUUUAUUCAUCUGUAUAA